AUGCAUAGAGUAGUAACUCCGUUUGCUUGCCUCACAGAGUUUGCUGGUUGGUCUGUUGAGAACGAAAUAUUAUUUCCGAUUGGUACGAUGUUUGUAAUUGAAUCAGUCGAGAAAAAGACAAGUAUAUCUAAUCAAGAAUAUUGGUAUGCUAAAUUAUCUCUAUGCGUCGAUUAUGACCUAGUUGAGCAAAGGUCAAAUAGCACGGCGGAUAUUAUGAUAUUACAUUUGAUCGAACUUUGUCGUCGGCUACCAUCUGAUUCGGAUAUUGGACGACAAAAGAUAUUCCGUCAAUGUCGAAAAUAUUAUUCUUCUAGCGAAUCGCAAUUAAGGAAAUUAGAAGAGUUUAGUCAAAGUUAUAGCCCUUCAAACACUAUAAUGUGGUAUACACGAGAUUCAUUUCUUUAUCGUACAUUAAAUAGAGCAUUACGAACUAAUAAUUAUCGUAUAAUAAUUAAUUUUAGUUUUUUCAUACUGGAUCUUCACGCGCAGCUUGUCAAGACUUAUGAAGACUUUUCAAAAUUAUUGCUGAAUCAACUGAAUCCGAAUGUAUUAACUGUCUAUCGCGGCCAACAAAUAACUCUAUUCGAACUAGACAAAAUUAAGCGAAAUGUGGGACAGCUGAUUACAUUUAGAACGUUUCCGUCAGCCAGUCUGUCGCGAGAUGUUGCCCUUAUAUACGCUGGCAACGAUACACUCCAAUCAAACUACAAGUCUGUCUUAUUCAAAAUCGAUAUCGAGGUAACUCAGCGUAUAACAGAACCGUUUGCAAAUGUCGAAGACUUCAGUUUUUUUCCAGACGAAAAUGAGGUGUUGUUUUCAGCUGGAACAAUAUUCCGCGUUCGGGCUGUUCAACAAAUAAAAGAUGAAAACGUUUGGAUCGUUCAUUUAAAAAUGUGUAACGACGACGAUGAUCAAGUCAGAGUGAUUAAGAGGUUUAUUAAUGCUGUAUUGUCAAAAAUAGACGAAAUCAAACAAAACACAUAUGGAACAGAUGUUGUAGAAGGUUUAUGCAAUUUAUUACGUUCAACCAACGGCAUGAGAAUAACUCCAGUAACAAUCGACGAAUCGAUACCGAUGUAUCAGCAAAACAUCUGCGCACCUGAAAGCAGCCCGCUUCUCAAUUCGCUAAACCAGCGUUUGAACUGUCCACGUUGCGGCAAAAGUCACAAAAACAGGAAGCGGCAAGUUCAAUUAUACCGACAGUGGUUAAAUCAAAUAGGAGGAAUUUUUUAA